AUGCGCGUUCAGGAUCUCGCUGAGGAGUUCGGUGCAUUCCAGCAACGCGUUGAUGCUCGCCACGAUGACCACCAAUCUCAGAUGUCUCGUGUUGAGACCAGGUUAGACGAUUAUCAGAAUCAAAUGACUUUGAUUGUGACUCAAUUGCAACAAUUGAAUAACACUAUUUUGUCGAUUGAUGCACGUACUCGCGAGCCACAUCCUCGCCCGAGUCAAUUUGAUGCAACGUCUUCAGGGCACAUUCCGCGUGUUGAUCCCCAUGACAGUAGGAAUUUAUCCAAAGCGAUUCGUUUGGAAAUUCCGUUGUUCAGUGGUGUUGAUCCGAAUAGUUGGCUUUUUCGCACAGAAUUGUUUUUCAUGCUGCAACAGAUUCCCGACGAAUUCAAGGUGCCACUUGCAGGGUUGCGCAUGGAGGGAAUGGCUGCUGCAUGGUAUCAGUGGAUGUAUAACAGCGGAUUGAUUCGUUCUUGGAGCGACCUUUCUAGAGGAAUACGAGAGCGAUUUGGUGUCUCGGCUUAUACAAAUCUUAAGGGCGUGCUUUCCAAGCUUGUCCAAUCCGGUUCCUUACGUGAUUACAUCCAACAGUUUGAGGUGAUGAUAAAUCAGGUGCCAGGUCUUGAUGAUGACCUUUACAUGAGUUUCUUUGUCUCAGGUCUUCAAACUGAACUUAGAAGCGCUGUUCAGUUACGUUCUCCUUUAACUCUCCAUCAAGCUAUGCAACUAGCUUUGGCUUUUGAUGAUCAUCAUUCAGAGUUAAGAGCAUCAUUUAACGUUACUGCUAGGAAGUUUUCAGCGAAACCAUUUCCUACUCAGGAGUCUGCCACAGUGGCCUUGCCUACCACUCAAAUUCCUCAGUUAACAAAUACAACUCCUACAUUAGCUUUACCUGCACCACCAAUGGCAGCUGUUAAGAAAUUUUCUCAUGUGGAUUUUCAUAAGAAACGUGAGUUGGGGCUCUGUUAUUAUUGUGAUGAGAAAUGGAAUGCCAAACACAGAUGUAAAAAUAAAUUGCUCUUGAUGGUGGGGGAUUUGACAGAUCAGCGCACGGAUGCAGAGGAGGAAGAGGAGAUAGUUUGGCAAUCGGAGGAUAUGGUUAAGAUACCUCAUGAGGGAGCCUUACAUGCUUUAAGCACUCAGCAAGGUAAUAGAUCCUUGAUUUUUCUCACUGUUAUCAAUGGUUCUGAGUUACCUGUAUUGAUUGAUUCCGGAAGCACACAUAAUUUCAUUAGGAAGCAGUUAGCUUGUGAGUUGAAGCUCCCUAUGACUCGUGCCAAGAAAAUGCGUGUAUUCUUAGGUAAUGGUGAGUUUUUGGUGGCUGACCGCAAAUGUUUGAAUGUCCCAAUUGUUCUUCAAGGUCAUUUAUUCACUGUUGAUCUGUGGGUGUUGGAGUUGAUUGAGCUAAGUGUAGUACUCGGUAUGCCUUGGUUGGAAAAACUUGGAAGAGUCACCCAUAAUUAUGUUCGAAGAUCAAUGGAGUUUUGUUGGCAAGGCCAACAGGUUGUGUUGGAAGGGUUAAAAAAACAUGAAAGGCCUAUGCUUACUGAUGGCAACAACAGUGUAGAGACUACUCACUGUUAUACCUUAAUUCAUCAAGGAGAAGAGUGCAUUUUGAUGCCUGCUCCAGAAUUGUUGGCUAUGCAAGCAAUGCUACCCGAAUGUCUUUGGCAGAUUUUGCUGGAUUUCCAGGAUGUGUUCCAAGUCCCAAAUGAGCUACCUCCUUUCAGGGGACUAGAUCAUGCCAUUCAUUUGGUGGAAGGUUCUAAACCCAUCAAUGUUGAACCUUACCGUUAUGCCCAUCAUCAGAAGACAGAAAUUGAGAAACAAGUCACGGAUUUAUUGACUGCAGGCUUUAUUCAGCAUUCUCAAAGUCCAUUUUCUUCUCCAGUUCUUUUGGUACGUAAGCAGGACAACUCAUGGAGGAUGUGCAUUGACUAUAGGGCAUUGAAUGCAGUCACCAUUAAGGAUAGGUUCCCUAUUCCGACCAUUGACGAACUUCUCGAUGAAUUAGGAGGGGCUAAGGUGUUUAGUAAACUUGAUUUGAGGGCUGGCUAUCACCAAAUUAGAGUUUUGGCUCAAGACAUUCCAAAACAGCCUUUAGAACUCAUGAAGGGCACUAUGAGUUCUUAG